AUGAGUGAAUCAGAUGAAUCAGACAGAUCAAUUACUGAACAAAUUCCAUCAAAUGUUCUCGAUUUCUCAUCUCAAUAUGGAUCAAAUCGUGGUAGAAAUUAUAAUAUGGAAAAUAUUUGUGCACUGCCAGAAAUUUAUCCUCAGUAUGGUGAUUCAACUCAUGCACUUGUUUUUCGUACGUAUGGGCCAUGGUGGUUAAAUAUGCCAUCAUAUAAACAAACAAGAAAGAAUUUUAAACGUGAACAGAAGACAUUUACUAGUCGAGAUUUUAUUGAUAUUCAAUAUUCAAGUUUAGUUUAUGAAUGUAUAAGUUUAAAUAUAUAUGAAACAUAUAAUCCCGGUACACUUGAAGUUGUUUAUGUUGGAAAAGAAGAUGAUGAUAGAAAUAUAACAUGGCAUCGAGUAUGGAAAUUUCCUGAACCAUUUAGUAUUGUUUUAAAAGAUGAUCAAGAAAUUUUUAUUGAAAAUGGUCUUCAACAAAUGCAUGAUCUGUUUCCUGAUCAUAUAAAUUCUGCAACAGCUAGUCUUAAUUCUUUACAUUUAAAUACGGAUAAUGAACAAAUAUCGAAAAUAUAUACUCGUCAUACAUAUCCGCCAGCUGCUCGUAUUCCACGUAUACUUAAAAUUCCUUUAAAAAAUAAAGUUCCAUUUCCGACACGACAUAUUCGUUUGGAAUUUGAUCAUUGUACAGCAAAUUAUUAUAUAGAAAUUGAUACAAUUAUUUUACGUGGUUAUACUUCAAAUUUAAAUCAAACAUUACCAACAGAAACUAUCAGCAAACAAGAAGAAACAUUUGAGUUCAAUUCUGAAAUUAAUUUAACAAAACUUCCUUUUGAUAUACUUUUUCUAAUCUGUUCAUAUCUUGAUUUACAUUCAUUAAUACGACUUUCAUCAACAUGUCGACGACUUCGUGAACAAUGUCUUCAUCCAUUACAAUUCUCUUCUGUUGAUUUACAACCGCAUUGGAAUACAAUUACAAAUAAUUCUAUAGAAAAUUUCUUUUUAAAUCAUUGUAUUCAAACACGAUAUCUUUCAUUAGCAUGGACAAAAUCAAUUGAAUUAUCACCAUUCAAUCAAUUAUUAAAUUUAUGUUCAACGAAUCUCAUUCAAUUAAAUCUUGCUUGUUGCCAAUAUUUAAAAGGAGAACAUAUUGAAGUAAUUGCUAAUUAUUGUUCAAAUAUCGAAAUAUUAAAUUUCGAAAAUUGUUUUGGCUUAGCUACUGAUGAUUUUAUACCAUUAAAAAAUCUUUGUCAUAUUCGAUCAUUAAAUGUUUAUCGAACAAGUAUUGAUUUUAAAACUUUAUUACCAUUAAUUGAUAAUAAUAAAGAACAUUUGGAAGAUAUUAACUUAGGUAAUUGUCAAUAUUUAGUAGAUACUAUUGGUAUUGUGAAAUUAUUAUUUGCUCGUUGUUCAAAUCUUCGUUCUCUCGAUCUUUGGCGUGCAAAAGAUUUAUCACAUAAUGCUUAUCUAUCAAUUAUUGGUUUGCCACAUGAUGUUUACGACGAAGAAACACGACUUUCAGAAUUAUCAGCUGACCAACAAGAAGAAUUAGCAUUAGUUUAUUCUAUGGUUAAUUUACCUGUUGAAAUUGAUUCAAUAACACAUAUGAUUUAUUUAAGUGAAAUUGAUAUUGGAUGGACUGAUCCACCACCUGGUUUUAUACAAAGUUUAGUUGAACAAGCUGGUCGUUCUUUAAUUAAAAUAUUUCUAACAGCUUGUCGACGUAUAAGUAAUGAAGAUAUCGUUGCAAUAGGUGAUAAUUGUCCGAAAUUACGUCAACUUGAUUUACUUGGUUCAAAUAUUAUUAACGAACAAGCUAUUGAAUAUAUGCUUAAACGUUGUUUACAUUUAGAAUUUAUUGAUAUAUCAUUUUGUGGAAAAAUCUCUGACCCGACAAUAGAAAUAUGGAAAAAACAAUACAAAAGUUGUUUUAAACGAAGUUAUACACCAGUUGAUCAUAGUGAUAUUCACGAAGAAUUGGCUUAA